UUAAAAUGAUGGUGACUGUCGUGAUAGUGUUUACGAUAUGUUGGUUUCCGUUCAAUUUUCUUAUGGUCGUCGACGUCGAUCCCGGCUGGUACCUGCUGCCGUACAUCUGGUUCGCCUUCCACUGGCUGGCGAUGUCCCACAGCUGCUACAACCCGAUCAUCUACUGCUACAUGAACGCCCGCUUCCGGUCCGGCUUCAUCCUGGUGCUGCACGGCGUGCCCGGGCUGCAGCAACUGUGCUGCUGCAUCCGGCACACCCCGGCCACCCUGGCCCGGAACGUCGGCUCCAGUGUGGCCCUCGCCGGUCCAAUCAACCGAGACCUCCUUGCUGCGGUGAUAUCAGCAAAGUUACGACUGAAGAACGGCCACCGGCAACGGCAUCGGCAACUGCGGCAGCAGCAGCAGCAACAACAACGACUGCACCAAGAGCACCACCAAAACCAGCAACAGUUGUGGCCAGUUGAUUUCUUCGUCCCCCGCCGGAAGGUCAACGUCGGCGGCAAGCGAUCGUCGCCGGCUGGAGGCCACGAUUGUGGAGGAGGAUUCCAGCGGGGGCGGGGGCAAUGCAUCCGUUGGCCAUCAUCAGGCCACCACGUCGUUUAGUAACGGGGCUGCUGCCGGUCCUCCUCCGGGUGAUAAAACCAACGGACACGGCAAGAUUCGUUGAAGUUGGAGGGUUGUACAGUGGAACUCCGCGUAAAAGGGCUCCUGUUCCAUUCGAACAGUAAAAUCACGAUGGCUUUGGAAAUGGUCAGUAUGGUGAGGCCAACUGAUGUCAAACAAUCGGGGUUUCACUGUAUUGGCGUAUCGAUUACAGGGUGAGAUGAAAAGUGAGUAAAGCGUUGUGUUCGGAGAGGAUAGAAAGCAGAGGGGAAUGUGUGGUUUUAAAUGAAAUUUACUCACUUCACUUGCUUUGAGGAUGGUUGACUGGAUAACCCAUCGGUGGACUGGGCUAUGGACUGAGCUAUGGGACUGUAUGAGCUUGAUGAAAAAAAAAACUAUCUUGAGUUUCUUUAUACUGGGGCAAUAAAAGCCAACAAUUUUACUGGAAGCUAACCCAACUCCAUAUCAUAACAAAAAAAAAAAAAAAACAUUUAUUCUAAUUGAGACCGAUAAAAAUGUCCCCGAUAACAAUUCCGAAAGAAGACACAAAAAAUCACGUUUUUAUACUACAUUGAAAAUAGCUCCCUUUCUAGAAUAGUGUCUAGUCUAUAAAAGGAAUUCUUCGAGGACUCAACAUGAAACCAGAAUUAGAAUUCCAGGAAGGUCCUUGGUUGUCCUCUCCAAACGUUUUUCUUUCCAAUGAGGGUAAUUGGAUCAUUGUUGCUUUUGGAAAUGUAUUGUUAUAUUUCGACUUGGUCUUGAAAAUGUUCCAAAAUUAAGUUUGAAAGAGUAAUUAUCUGCAUUGCACACGAAAUCGGAAAAAUGCUUCGAUUACCGUUAAACUUUGCUUUAAGAGGUCGUUUUAAUCCCUGAUCACAAAUCCAAUGUCCUUUUCUCGAUAUCUUGUGACGGUGGGGUUGUAUGACCCUUUAAUUUUUCUGGAUUUAUGCCAAGACUCGUUUUUCAAUGAUUUUUUGCAUGAUAAUCUCAAAAUAUUAUAUGUAGACUUUAUCCUCAGCAACCAAAGGUCGGAGUCUAAAUAAGCAGUUGUAGAUAAUUUUCUUAACUUUUCAAUUAUAGUUUUUUAGAGAUGGUUGAACUUUUUGAAUUUAAAUUCAAUUUUACAUCUAAAGAUAAUCCAUCCGAUUUGGAUGAAACUUUCAGCGUUUGGUUGUCUAUACAUGAGAUGAACUCAUGCCAAAUAUG